AUGGCAACAAUUCCCAGCUUUGACGAACUGCCUCCAGUGCCCGGCCAGCCUCAAGGAAACGCAUGGGGUCUCUGGGGGGAAGAUGAUCAACUUGGUGCACUCAACAAGAUCAGCCCGGCAGCUCGAAUCGCAGCGGCACGAGAAGUCAGGGUCGGGAAGAGCGUGUCUCUGGACCUGCCUUUGAAUGCAUUCACGCAUGUCAUUGCCAACCGGAUCCAGUUCGAGCACAAGGUGAUCGACUUCAAGAAGACGAACGGCGCCAUCGGCCACGACGAGGAGCUACGCUUCAACACCCAGUCUUCCUCUCAGUGGGACGGGCUGAGCCAUUGCGCGAUCCAAGAGUCGGAGUUAUACUAUAAUGGCCUUCGGCACGCGGAUAUUGAAGGCACAAGAAAAGGGACGAACGGAACAGACAAAUGGGUCGAGGCAGGCGGAAUCGUCGGCAGAGGCGUCCUCAUCGACUAUGUGAGAUGGAGAGAAGAGACGGGCCAGCCAGCCAUUCCAGCCGAUAGCCCCUACGGCAUCAGCGUGGCCGAGUUGGAGGCGGUGGCAAGGUUCCAAGAUCUCGAAUUCCAGGCCGGCGACAUCCUUCUCCUACGCGGGGGCUUCACACUCUGGCACCAGCGAGCUCCGCAGGCAGAACGGGUCGAGAAGCUGGACAAGACGGCGUUCGUCGGCGUGGAGAGGACGGAAGAGAUGAAGCGGUUUCUCUGGAAUCACCACUUUGCGGCCGUGGCGAGCGACUCGAUCGGUUUCGAACAGUGCCCUGUCCCGUUCGGACAGAAGGGCGAGGUGGUGCUGCACGAAUGGAUUCUCGCACACUGGGGGAUGCCGCUGGGCGAGCUCUGGAACCUGGAGCCGCUCAGCCAUUUGUGCGCCGCUGAAAAGCGCUGGAGUUUCCUGCUGACCAGUGCGCCGCUGUAUGUGCCUGGGGGAGUGGCGUCUCCUCCCAACGCUUUAGCCAUCAUGUAG